UUGAAUAGUUUACACAUUCCUAACGAUUCAAGUCUAAGUAAAACAAUGUUUAGUUCGCUGCGUCUGUAUUUCUCCCCUAUUGUGAAAAGAAAUGAGGAAUUACGCUUACUCCAGAUCUUCAAACCUUUGUACAUUGUCCUCUCAUUUCUCGGACUUAUCCCUUGCUCAAUAGAAUUUCCACGCGGAAAUGUAGACUGCAUUAUUUUGCACAAGUCCGCUUUUAAACAUUCGUGUUGUGCUUUUUUAACGCUGCUUACCGUGUACGUGUUUUUCGGACUCCACGUGUAUGAAGUGUUAACCUCACGCGAAGAGACUGUUCUAGCUGAUGACCAAACGGCGAAGGCCAAUUACAUAAUUGAAUUGGUCACACAAUUUACAUUCUGUAACGCUACGUAUUUCUGCGCUUUCCGAUGCAAAGAAAUAUAUGUGUCCAUUUUAAAAGAGAUCGCUCGGUCUUGGGACGACCUGCCUUACGUCAAUAGAAGGAUCAUUUUGGGACGUAUUCGCGCAAGAGUCAACUGUGUAAUUAUCGGCACUAUAUGUCUAAUCCCGCUCACACUUACGGCCGUUACGUACGCUGGCUCAUCUAGCUUAUGGAAAAGCAUAUUGAUAACUUUUUCUUUCAAUUUACCAGAGAUAAUACAAUUCAUUUUGAUUGCUUUCUAUUAUGUGUUUGUAUUGAUGGUAGUGGCAUUAUUGAAGAAUAUUGAGGAUCACGGCAGGAUGUUCAUGAAAGCGCGAAGAAGUAUAAAGAACAGUAGUUCAAAAGUGGAUUUGGGACGGAUUCGUAUAACGUUGUCUCAAAUGCAGUGCGUGUAUGUGAAGGCGAUACGUGUCAAGAGACAGAUCAAUGCGGUUUUCCAAGCUCCUAUUAUGUUUUCCCUGUUCCAAUGCUUUCAUACGAUGGUCAGUGAAUCCUACGACAUUUGCCAAGGACUCCUUUACCAAGACAACUUUACAACUCACAACUUGAUCGAAUGCUCCUACUGGGUUUUGUUGCAACUGUUGAAGAUUUAUUUUCUGGCACGUUCAGGAUCAUUAUUAAAAGCAGAGGCGCUCGCAAUUGGACGAACAAUACAUGACAUUCGAAGUCACGACGAAGAUAUAAAACUAUUUGUUGAGAUUCAACAUUUUUCAACGUUAAUGGCUUUUCAAAGCACUGAAAUCACAAUUUUCGAUUAUUUUCCAUUAGAAGCUCCACUCAUGUUUAAUAUGGUCGCAGCAGCAGCGAUGUACUUGAUAAUACUCGUACAGUUCGCAAAGACUCGUUAA